GAGAGGACUGCAGAGAGGGGGUGGUGCAGAAUCGCUUAUUAAAAUACUACGGCGAGAGAGCCGUAGAGCGCGGCGGAGACAGCCGAGGGAGGACAGAUUUUCCAAAGCAGCGGCGAAGCGGCGUAUGGAGCAGCAUCUUCUCCUUGAGACGUAGCCAAGGAGGAGCAGAGCGAGGCGGGGCGAGCAAGAGGAAGCGGCAGGGCGCUAUGCUGAACGCCGGGCCGCCAAGGCGGCGCGGGGGAGACGCCUGCAGACAGGGAAAGAGACAAAGAGGAAACAAGUGGCAGCAUUAGGGGAGGGACACCACAGCAGGGGGACACCGGGGACAUAAAGACACUGGCCUAUGGUGUGCGGCUUUUUUUUUUUUCUUUUUUUUUUUUUAAAUGAUUUUAAGCCAGGGAUGCAGCACUAUAUAUACAAAAGCAGCAGCUUCCACUUGUGUGUUUCUUUGGAUCUGGGUCUGUCUUGCUGAAAAUGGUGAGUGUGUGUGACCGUACUCGGGCACCAAGGUGCCAGGCUGUUGUAGGACGACACCUGAGCAACGGGCUGCAUGUUUUGCAGCAAGAUGGUGGACCGCGGUGCGCGUGCUGAGCCCGGCGUGGUGCACAGCGAGCAGGGAGCGCGUGCGGCCGAGGAGGGGACGGGCCGGCUCGGGGUGGCGUGCUCGGCGCAGGGGGUGCGCCGCACACUCGGCUCCCAGGUAGAGAUGGGGAAGGACACGGCUUCGCGUGCAUAGGAGCAUCUCGGAUACUCGGCACAUCUCGGCAGGUGGGGGAGGGGGGGUUGCAGAGGAGGAGUGCAAAAAAAUUCAACAUAAUCAAAGAACAGGCUGGUAAGAGGACCAGAGGUGACAGACAGGCUGCAUGGUGCAGCAUCCCGAAGCGCUCGACGGCACAGCGGACGCUCGCUGCAAAAUGCUCGCGGUGGAAACGAAGCUGCAGAACAAAGGAGGAGCGGACCGGCGUGGGGACGGAGACGCUCGCACACACGCUUGGCACAGCUGGAUUUGACUCUUCCGCCCAAGGUUCACAUGUCACCUCGCAAAGCCCGGUGAGUCCGAAGGUCAGAGGACAACGUUUCACCCGGAGAACCGUCAGCAUCCCUCGGUGACCAUGGGGGAAUGGACCAUCCUGGAGCGGCUGCUGGAGGCGGCCGUCCAGCAGCACUCGACCAUGAUCGGCCGGAUUCUCCUGACAGUGGUGGUCAUCUUCCGAAUCCUGAUUGUGGGCAUUGUAGGCGAGAAGGUGUACGAGGACGAGCAGACCAUGUUCAUCUGCAACACCAUGCAGCCGGGCUGCAACCAGGCGUGUUACGAUAAGGCCUUCCCCAUCUCACACAUCCGCUACUGGGUGUUUCAGAUCAUCCUGGUGUGCACGCCCAGCCUCUGCUUCAUCACCUACUCUGUCCACCAGUCGGCUAAGCAGCGAGACCGCAGCUACUCUUUCUUGCACCCAUACAUGGAGCACGUUCACGGGCGUGGCGAAAGCACCCGAAAGCUCCGCAACAUCAACGGGAUCCUCGUCCAGAACCCCGAGGGGGGCAAGGACGAACACAACUGCAUGGAGAUGAAAGAGAUUCCCAAUGCCCCCCGGGGGCUGACGCAUUCCAAAAGCGCUAAGGUGCGACGACAGGAAGGCAUUUCUCGAUUUUACGUUAUUCAAGUGGUCUUCCGUAAUGCCCUGGAGAUAGGCUUCCUGGCUGGCCAGUACUUCCUGUAUGGUUUCAAUGUUCCCGGCAUGUUUGAGUGCGACCGCUAUCCCUGCGUCAAGGAAGUUGAGUGUUAUGUUUCCCGGCCCACGGAGAAGACCGUCUUCCUCGUUUUCAUGUUCGCAGUCAGCGGUAUCUGCGUGCUGCUCAACCUAGCUGAGCUCAACCACCUCGGGUGGCGCAAGAUAAAGAUAGCUAUCCGCGGGGUGCAGGCCCGACGCAAGUCCAUCUGCGAGGUGCGCAAAAAGGAUGUGUCUCACCUGUCGCCUGCACCCAAUCUGGGCCGGACCCAGUCUAGCGAAUCUGCGUAUGUUUGAUGAAUGUUCUUCGCAACUUGAAAUUUUCGAAAACUGUUUUUUUUGCGUGUAUUACGGGAAAUGCCUUCGUUCCCCCGUUAAUUGUUUGGUGUAUCUCUUCCUUUCUCGCUACGGACGAAAGGUCCGCAAAGUGAUGGAUCUCCAGCUGAGAAGAGUUCACCCGGAAGACGUGAUCUUUGUGGAAAAAAGUCAAUGCUCGUUGAGAACAGCUGUCAACGUCAUAGAUAAUGAUUUAAAACUUCAAAAAAAAAAAAGUUUUAUUUGGUAACUUACUAAAUCACGCGUCUCUUGCAUUUUGAGAGAACACAAAUACUUGUUAUUCUUUCAAUAAUAAAGUGUCGAAAAGUGUUGCGGCAUGGAACUUUUUCGGGAACAACCCGGAAUAGCGUCAGACUUACAACAUAAAAUUUUACCUUAUUUUAAUUACUUUUAAAUCUUCAUAGCUCUGUGAUAUUUUUCCACUGUGUAAACAGUACUUGGAAGCAGAGGUGUGUCACUGGAGUUACAGACACAGCUCAAACCAAUUACCGCGGUGCAGAAUUCUCAGUCUUCUUUGCUCGCCUCGAAUGGCGUACUAGCUCUACCUUUCCUCAGUAUAGCAUGAUUUUUUAGAUGUAGCUUUACUCCAAGAGAGCAUAAAAUGUAACAAUCACUUCCAGCUAAGCAGGAAAAUGAACUUACAUAUUUUUAUCAUCCUUAACUGUACACUUUUAUAUUGUGCAAUAGGUGGUGCCAUAAUAUUAUUUCUCUACAGGGGUAGGUGGUCCCCAGCCCCGGGAGACUGUAAGAUGGGGAGACCGUGUGCAGUUUUCCAGUUUCUGAAUGCGCAUUACACUGAUUUUCACUCAUUUGAUUUCCAGUUAUACAACAUGUAUACUAAAAAAUAUUGGGAUUUGUUUGAAAAGGCAUGUUUACAAGCAGCAACGGAAUAUCGUCUUGUUACAUAUAACCUAAAUGAAUUAAGAGUGACUCGAAAGACAUGUAUCUUGCUCCUGUAAUGUUCAUGGACUGCAUGUGUGCAUGGGUUAAGAGAAACAUAUUAAAAAAUAAAUGUAGCAUCUUUACAUGGAGAAACAGAACUCAUAUAAGUGCCAGCAAUAAGAUCUGUGACAUUUAAUAAAAUGUAUAAAAUGCUUCAGUAUUCUUGCAAUAAGUACCUGCACUGUGACAGCCAGUGGCCCCAGAACCCCUUUCUUGUUGAGAUCAGAAACAGUGAAGGGAAAAGGAACAUGAUCCAUGCACCCGAUCAAUUUGCUCUUGUUGGAAUCUGCCUCCAGUUGCUUUUCUACCUGCUUUGCUUGUGAAGGACUUGCGCACACCUGAGGCUGUGUCCAGCAUCCUUCUCUGCCUCUGGGGUCCACACAGGACUGCCGAUAAAAGGCUGGUAAUCGUGGUCCCACGCCAGUUUAUAACUGUGGCUUUUAUGCCAGCUAAUGCCAUGCCAAGAUUUCUAAUGAAUACCCCAAAUUCAAUUCUCGAUUAAAAAGGAGUAUUAAUAAUACACAAAAACACCGUUCCUCCUGUAGCUGAUACCUUUGGUCUGUGCAUAAGACAAAAUGAUACAGACCAAAACUGACAAUGCUAAUACAGGUGCAUUUUCAACAUGCCAGCAGGUGGCACGGUAGUAAAAGUUGCCAUCUCUGUACGCAGAGUUUACAAAAUUCGAAGCCCACAUCUUGUGGUAAUUCCCUUGAGCAAGGCAUUCAGCUGUAAAAAUGGGUAAAUAAUUACAAGAAGCUUAAUAUUGUAAGUCAUCUUGAAGAAAAUAGCUACAUGAAUAAAUGUGAACGUAAUAUCUCACCCACCCUCACAAAAAGUUAACAGCUUGGAACCACACGUUAAUCAGGUCUGAGAAAAGGACACUGAGUGGUGUGAGGUGGAUGGCAGAUGGCCCACAGACACCGUGGCGCACGCUGCGUGACAUUAUGUCUCUGACUCUGUCUCUUGCAAAGCAGCUUCUUUUUAUAACCAGAUUUCUCUUCUGUCCAGAAGGAGAACUGGUGUACAAUGCUUGGUGAUUCUAUCUACGUUUUCAUAAAAAGCCCCACAUGGAGAAGAGGUUAUGCCUGCAUGUUUUCAUUUGCAUGUAUUUGCACUGUGCAUUCCUGCAAGGAGUAUUACAGGAAAAAGAGAAAAAAAACUGAGAGGGUACAAAAUCUGAAGAGGAAAUAAAAUAUUAAGUAAAAUUUGUCCGAACAUGUGUUUCUAAAGGCAGAAUAAUACCACUGGUUUACGUGACAGUCCAGAAUAUAACUGUACCCUUUAAAACAUUAAUAAAUACCAGUGGGAAAAGCUUUUUUGCAUAUGGUUUACAAGCCACUGAAGCCAGAUUAAGAGUACCAUUUCAUAGCUGU